UGGGAGGAUCCAGACUAACCCAGCAAGAACAAAGGAGCGAACAAAAGCAAGAGUGACUGCGGCCCUCUCUCUCUUUCUCUCUCUCAAAUCUCCACUUUUCUUUUAACCUUCGCGCUUUCUCUCUCCAAACCCAUAAACCCUAACUUAUAUUUCACACGCACCCACAUUAUAUAUACAUACAUAUAUAUACAGACAGAGGAAGAGACGAUUCCAACAUAUAUGCACACGUAAUCUAGCGACUGAAACAGAGUAAGCUCCAAUACAACAUGGCUGCUCUGCCAGGUGAAAAUCUGAAGCACCAUCAGAAUUUCACUGUUGCUUCUAUUACUUUGCUCUCAUCAAACCCACCAAACUCCGUGUCUGGUCCUCUUUCGGCGACAUUUGGUUCCGCUUCAGGGUUCCCGGAGCUACGGUUCUUCUUAGAGCCCGACGGACAACACUCUAUUCACUUCGACCUUCGAACCACUCAGCUUUUCAGGUUGGGUGAAGUUCAAUCUCUUUGUGUAUCAGAAGGUUCUGAAACCACCAAAGAGAAAAUUUAUUCGAAGGGAGUAACUAUUAUAUUUAAAGAUGAGGAGGAAAAAUAGCUCCUUCCAUGGUGCAUUUGAGCAAUGGAAAACGGAAGUGGUUAUUCAAGGAUCAGAUCUACCAAAUGGAACACUUUCUUCUUCUAAAAGCAAGUUUGAUGAUAAAAUAGAAGCUUCUUCUGCAAAAAUGUAUUUCCAUUACUAUGGACAAUUGCUUCAUCAGCAAAAUAUGUUGCAGGAUUAUGUGAGAACAGGAUCCUAUUAUGCUGCAGUAAUCGAAAACCAAGCGGAUUUUGUUGGGCGUGUAGUGGUUGAUGUAGGUGCAGGAAGUGGCAUACUAUCCUUAUUUGCUGCUCAGGCUGGUGCUAAACAUGUUUAUGCUGUGGAAGCAUCUGAAAUGGCUGACUAUGCUCAGAAGCUCAUUGCUGGGAAUCCUAUUUUGGGACAAAGAAUUACGGUUAUCAAGGGCAAAGUGGAAGAUGUUGAAUUGCCUGAAAAAGCAGAUAUAUUGAUCUCAGAGCCAAUGGGCACAUUGUUAGUGAAUGAAAGAAUGUUGGAGUCAUAUGUGAUUGCAAGAGAUCGAUUUCUUGUUCCUAAUGGGAAAAUGUUCCCUACUGUUGGAAGAAUUCAUAUGGCACCAUUCAGUGAUGAGUAUCUGUAUGUUGAGAUUGCAAACAAGGCCCUCUUUUGGCAACAACAAAACUAUUAUGGGGUUGAUUUAACAGCUUUACAUGGAACUGCAUUCCAAGGAUAUUUUUCACAGCCAGUGGUUGAUGCUUUUGAUCCGAGGUUAUUAGUGGCUCCUGCUGUUUCCCAUGUCAUCAAUUUUACUACUGUCAAGGAAGAGGAUUUGUAUGAAAUUGACAUUCCACUAAAAUUCACUGCUUCUGUGGGCACAAGGAUACAUGGUUUAGGCAUGUUGGUUUGA